AUGAUCCGCACAGCUACCAUGGUCGCCCUCUCAUGAAUUGCUUGAGCAAAGAAUUUUGCAGAAGAAGAAGAAGGAGGAGGAGGGGGAGGAAUGGCUCUGAGGAUUCCGAUCAUUUCUCCUUCGUCUAUGAGUCCCUGUCAGAUGACUUCGCGUGGCAUGCAAUUGAAUUCUUCUUUCCCCUUUGUCCAGCACAGACUGUCCAUUGAUCAUCCGAGUGGAAGGAGGAAUCAGGCCACUGGUUGCACUCGGGUUCGGAUGGGGUGCAGGACCGAGAAGAGAAGAGGAGCUAGGGUUCUGGCAUCCGCCAACCAGGAUGUUGCCGGAGCCGCGGCGGCCACCGGAGUGGUGACGGAGGUGAAUGGGGACACGUUCUGGCCGAUCGUAAAUGCCGCGGAGGGGAAGAUCGUUGUUCUGUAUAUGUACACUCAAAGGUGUGGUCCGUGUAAGGUGAUGGCCCCUAAAUUCGAGAAACUGUCAGGGAAAUGUCUGGACGUUGUCUUUCUAAAGCUUGACUGCAAUGAAGAGAACAAGCCUCUGGCCAAAGGGUUGGGCGUAGCAGUAGUUCCAACCUUCAAGAUCCUGAAGGACGGUAUGGUUGUGAAAGAGGUGGUGGGGGCAAAGUUUGAUGAACUUUUGGCAUCACUUGAAGCAGUAAGAAGUUGACAUGCGGAACAUGGUCCGCUGAUUCUAUAGGCUAAGAUGACAGAAAUGCCUGGGCUGAGUGUGCCGCUUGAUUGGCAACUUUCUGCCCAAUCUCCAGUCAAAUGUAUUCUUCAACAUUGGAGGCUUAACAUGAAGAUGCCAGCCUAUAAUGAUUAUCCGUCACUGAGUUGUAUCAUUUGAGUUAUUGUAACAUUUAUUAAUGUUCAAAUUGGAUGUACAUUAGGUGUGAGAAAUGGGGCAAUUAGUGCUAUUGCCUACAAUUAAAUGACACCAAUGGCCUUCGAGAUUGCUUACAGAUA